ACUCUGCAAUUUCUGAGUUAAAGAAUGAUAAAGAGAGAGAAAGGAAGCAGAUUGAUAGCAGAAAUGGGUUUAAGUAAAGAUGAGAAAUCGAGAAGGCUUUUGAGAGGGUUGAAAACCCUAUUCGUCUUGGUAACUAUGUUGAUUUCUCUUAUCAUCUUCUCUGCUCCUGUCGUUCUUGUCAUAGCAGAUGCGCUUCUUCCUUCUGCAAUUCUUUCCACUUCACUCCCUCUUUCAUUUGGGACUCUUUCUUCUCAUCUUAGAAAUUAUGAUUUCCGAUCAUCCCUAAUCGAUAUACCUCUCAUCUCCAUCGCCAGAUCAGCUGUAAUCAUAUGUUCUUAUUAUUUCUGUGAUGGACCGAGACUUUCUCGGGGACCAUACUUGGGGGUUACAGCUCUAUCUUCGUUGAUGUCUCUGGUUUUUGUUUCGUUUAAAGCUUCUUACGUUUUCGAUGAUUCAAGCAGCAGUGAUGGAGAAGGUUAUCACAGAGUAAUGGAAAUGGCGCUGUUCAUUUGUUCUCUGGCUUUAGGGCUCUGUCACACAGUCGUCGCUUACAGAACCAGUUGCAGAGAAAGACGAAAAAUGCUUGUUUACAAAAUUGACAUUGAAGCGGUCUCUGUAUGCAAGAAUGGAUUCCCAGUGUACCAAAAGCUCCGACAAGAGGAAAGUGAAGUAAAGCUGCGGAUGGGGGUUGGGUUAGGGAAGGUAUUGUUUCCCUAGCUUCACAUCCAUCCCUCACCAUUGUCUUUCAGGUUUUUAUUUUAAUGGAAAUCAAGACUUGAAGGAACUGGAUGGUAGAUACAAGAGACAAAGAGUCCGGCCACCACCCAGAAAUGCUUAUAUUACAUAUACCAGGUUGAGUGUAUUAUAGUGUUGAGCAAUCUCUAUUUGUACAUUAGAUAUGUAUAGUUUCAUACCAAAAAUGCAAAGCAAUUGGUCUGAAAGCUAAUAGAAGUGUUCCUUCA